AGUUAAUCUGUCGAGUUAAAUACACUCGUUAAGUGAACAAAGAAUAAUAAAGCCAAUAAUUAAUAGUAGAUAAUAAGAAAUUCAUUUAUGUGACAACAUGGAUCAGAAAACGCUUUUAAACAAGGAUAGGUAGAUAUUUACGUAGAGAAGAGUUUUUAUAAAAUUGAUCUUUGCUGUAGUGACAUUUUGAAUGUUAAAUUGGGGAAAAGGCUGAAAACGUUGGUAGUAAAGCGUGUGGACAAGAACAAUUUGGCAUUUUGUCCUGUGAGAUCUUUAAGAAAAGUUUUUAUUGGUGUUGAACUAACUAUUUCUGUAUAAACAUUAAUGUCAGAAGCAGAUUACUUCGCAAAUAUACGAACGUCUUCCUAUUUUAGUCAAAGUGCAAUGCUAAGAUUAACUUUGGUUUCCUCUGUGCGUCUCUUCGUAUUUGGUUAAAAGACGAAAAUAAAAAAUGAUGGAAUGCAAAUAAAAACAGAACAUAUGUGGUGAGAAAUAACAUUUUAUUACGUUACAGUCGCGGAAAAUAAAUGAGAUCUAACAAAGUGUGUGAUAGUGGAUGGAUCAAAUGAUUUGUGUUACAGUGUUUAUGUGUAAAUGAAUAGUUUGUUACCUGUGUAGUAUGAUUGGUAACCGUACGUGCUAGAGACUGAGACAUGAUCAAGGAAAAGCACGAGAAAGGAGCAGAUAGUGUUAAAGACGAGCCGGGAAGCUCAGAUAAAGAUUCCAGUAAUACAGAUGUGCGAAUUAAGAAAGAAGAGGAUCCAACAGGGAGCUGUGCUGUUAAAAAGGAACCUACACGACCUGUUACCAAGAAUGGAGGCAUUAUUGGUUCAACAAAUGUGGGUUCUGUUCAUGUUUCUGCAGAUCAUAAGCCUGAUACAAGUGACACAUCUAAUACAGAGCCAAAUUCAAUUCCUCUAAAAACAGAGGAAUGUUUGGAAUCAAAUUUGCCUAGUGAUGCAUUUGGACUUAAUAUCAGUUCUGCUUCUGCUCAUCACACUCCUCCAGACGGAGUACAACCACUGCCUAGUAAUGUUAUUAACAAACAAGCAAACAACAUGGAAGUUCAGUAUAUGCAACAACAAAGUCAGAUUUUUGUGUUCUCAACUAUGUUGGCUAAUUCUGGUGCUGAAGAAGUCUUACAGGGACGUUAUGCAUCGAUAAUAGCAUAUCAUUGUGCUCAACCGGGCACUAAGAAAUACUUAGAAAAGAACCCACUUAAAGUUAACCAAUUUAAUCGUCAAAAUCCUGCACAAUGGUUGAACAAUUUAGCUAUGAUAAAAAACAAAGGAUGUACACGCAGUCCAGGUUUAGGACCAAAAGGACAAUCAUCUCUUGAUAGUUUCUUGGGAUCGGACAGUUUAGAUGAAAUGGUAGGUUUAACUGAUAGUGAUCUCCCUUGGGAUCAGAAAAAUAGCCAUCAGCUUGAAGGGUUGGAAGGUGUGAGCAACGGUUUGCCUGAUGUUGGACCUGAUAUGGAUUCUUGUAGUCCAUCUUUAGCUAAUAUGCAGCCCUCUUUGCAGGGUGUUAAAGUGCCUGAUGAAAACCUGACACCACAACAGCGUCAACAUCGUGAAGAGCAGCUUGCAACCAUUCGCAAAAUGCAACAAAUGUUGUUCCCUGAAAGUCAGACUGGAGAAGGCGAAGAAAAUCCAGAUCUUUCUCAUGGAGUUAUACCAAACACAGCUGGAAAUAUACACAGUGGUCCUGGUCCAGGACGUGGUGGACCGGUGUCUGCACAAAUUGAGUGGGAAAAACUUCAACAGGAAUUUUAUGAUCGCAACAAAACAAAACUGGAUAGCAGACAACCUGGACCUAACAUGUCAUCAGGAUCCUCUGUACCCAAUCCAGCUUGUGCAGUUUCUUUAGGCAAUUCUGUGUCUGUAGGACAUUCAGGUCCUUUAAGUAGUUCAACUGGUACUUUAAAUUCUUCAUGUCCACCGGGUCCUUUAAGUACGUCAUGUCCGCCAGGACCUUUAAGUUCAUCAUGUCCAUCAGGAUCAUUAAGUUCUUCGUGUCCUCCUGGACCAUUAAGUUCUUCUUGCCCCCCAGGCUCUCUAAAUACUUCUUGUCCAACAGGUCCACUUAGUUCCUCUUGUCCGGCUGGACAUUCUGUUCCUCGAGGUAUAUCCGCGGGUCCACGACUUCAAGGACCCCCUCCGCCAUAUCAUCAAACACAACGUUCUGCUAGUGUUCCUGUGGCUCUUCAAAGUCCCAGCCCUGUUAGUCCAAAUAAUCCUACAUCAAAUUUAUCGCUCCCAUCUCCAAGAGCUUCCUCAGCGGUAAAUUCCCCUGCUGAUCCAAAUAGAUCUUUUAAUCUUAACAGAAUGGUUUCGACGGGACAGAGUCCUACUUCACAGGAGUCUCCCACGACGUCUAGACCUAAUCCCAGCAAUCCAGGAACUCCUGUAUCUUCACAUCUUUCUCCUAGUGUAACAAGUACAAACACCGAAUCAACUAAUAGUCAUCAGGCUCCAGUUGACGGUAUGUUUGGCCGAACCCUUCAAUCUAUGGCACAACAAAAACAACAAAUGGGUAAUUGUACGGCAACAUCAAAUCAGACUGGCCCUUCAUCUAAGGAACCUAAUUUAAUGCCUGUACCGUCACCUCAGCAAAUUCAGUACCUUAACACCUUCGAAGGACAAGAACUUAUUAUUCAAAAGCAGCCAAAUACAAGUCUUAAAGAUGGAAACGUUUCUUCUCCAGUAUUACCUUCUACGGUAGACAGUGGUUUUCCUGGUAAUAAUGACGCAUCUACAUCUAGAGUUUCUGAUCCUCAUACCCCAACUUCAGGUGAUGUUUCACAAAGGUUCUCUAGUGGUUCAGUGGUAUCAAACGAGGGUUGUAGGUUUCAAAUUCCAAGUCCCCAUACGCCCAACACAUCAAUAGGAGAAAAGACGAGGUUAGGUGGCGCCGUCUCUACGUCGGGGUUAAGCCCGCAGACAGGUCCUGCAGGUGGUUCUGGGUCUGGUUCUGGUAAUGUUACUGGACCUGGACCACUAUCAGGAAAUGGUCCUCUCUCUAGCUCAGGACCAAUGACUGCAUCCGGUCCAAUUUCCGGCUCCGGCCCUAUAGCGGGAUCGGGUCCCUUGACAUCAUCAGGACCUCAUUCAGGAUCUAGUUCAGGCCCUAUGCAGGGUUCCGGGCAGGGUCCUUUAUCUGGAUCGGGUCUUCUUUCCGGUUCAGUACCUAUGCCGGGAUCAGGGCCGAUGUCGGGUCCUGGACCUGCUCCGGGGCCAGGUCCCUCGUCUGAUCCACUUAAAGGUGAUAUUUUUCCUACUCCUAGUCCCCAUAUGAUGGAUGUCCAUCGAUUUCCUGGUCCAAAUAGUUCACCAGGUCCAAAAAUGGGUGGCAAUUUCGUGAACGUGUCUCCUUCAGCUAAAUCAAACCCUUUGGAAAUGGGAAGCUAUGGAUGUGCUCGAGCGGACAACCUACCUCUAAAUCCAAAUUGUACAAGUUCAAUGUCAGGAAAUCCUAAGGUUUCUCACUUUGAUCCCAUAUCUUCUCUAGCACAAAUGAGUCAACAGUUAACAAAUAGCGUAGCAAGUUCAAUAAACGGCCAAGGAAAUCAAGGUCCUGGUAUGAUGAAUUUUGGCUCUCCUUCGAUGCAUAUGAUGGAUAUGACAGGAUGUCACGGAAUUGGUGAUCUCGAACAGGCCCCUGGUAAUAUGAUGGGAAUGCAAAUGCAAGGACCACCACAUGGCUAUCAUCCAAAUUCUGCAAUGGGAGCAUCGAUUCGCUCCCUUUCGCCAAAAUUACAAGGUGCCUUUCCAAACCACAUGCCAAUGCCUCGAAUGAUGGGCAGGCAACCUCCUGGACCGAAUCCGUACAACGGUGCCAAUGUGCAAGUGAAACCCAAUGCACCGAACACGAUACAGUACUUGCCUGCCAAGUCCCAAGUUGGUAAUGCUCCAGGAAACCGUGGGCCUCCCAGUUUAGACUUCCUUCAAAGAUUUACAAAUCCCUUAUCAAAUUUAGAAUCUAAGAUGCCUACACAAAACUUACAGUACUUCCCUAAUUGUGGCCCAAGCAACGGACCCAUGCAAGGACCUAGUGGCCCUAUGCCACCUCAUUUAAGUCAUAUGGAAGGGCCUGUUGUACCUGUAGGACCUCCAGACCCAGGGAUGGGUCCCAUGAUCGGUGGACCAAUUGGAAAUGGUUCAGGACCGAUGAUGGCUGGUGGGAUGGGCAUGCCAGGAAGCAUGAUGACCAUGAUGAGAGGUCCUAUGAGACCUCCUGGUAUGAUGAGGAUGCCUCACGUUGGAUUUAACGGCCCAAAUCCUGGUGGAUCUGAAGGAAUGUUUAACUCUGGUUCAAAUAUUAGCAGCCCAAAUGCGCAAAUGUUUGUUAGUGGCCCUAAAGGGAGUCCUAUGGGUAUGGGUGCUCCUGAUGCCAGUCAACCACUGCCUCCUUCCAUGGGACAGAGCAAUAGCUUUAAAAAUUCUCCUUUUGUUGGCCCCACGACAGCUGAUCCGAAUUAUGCUCAGCAGUAUCACAAUUUUCAACAACAAUUGUAUGCAACAAACACGAGAAAUCAGAUGGGUGGACAAAAUAUGGGGCCUGGUCCUGGACCACCACACACCCAACAAACUCCCUAUUUUAACCCCAAAUGAUAAUAGCAGAGGUGCUGUGUGUCGUGAGCCGCAGCGAACGUGUUAGGAGAUUAUAAUUUCGUUUUAUUUUUGAUAUUAAGUGAGAAUAAGUACUGGCAA